AUGGCGGCAGUGCCACCGCAUCAUAUCAAGUGCUGCCUUGAUCUCGGCACCUGGAAGUGUACGUGGGCUUAUGUGCUGUGUCAAGAAGAUGGCACACACAUUGGCAGUCCACAAAUGCUUCGUAUUGAAGGCAUGGGUCAUGAGAUCCGGGGAACUGGAACAUGGCUCGAAGAUGGCAGGUUCGUGUUUGGCAACGAGCUUCUAGCGAUGGAGAAUGAAAACCCACAGAUCAAGUCCCGUAUCACUAGCUUUUUCAAGCUAGGUCUCUACAAGAGUGGAGGGACAAAAGGAUGGCGAGAACGACUCGAAGAGCAACUCAAGAUGUUCGAGCCGAGGAAGACGCUGAGCGAUUUCUACGAAGCAGCCUUCCGUGCUUUGAUGGCGACUUUCGACAGAGAGAUGGUUCAGAACGCGAAGUCAUACUUUACUGCGGCAUACGGCGCGGAUCUGAUCGCAGGCUUGCCACGCAAGGUCUACGUCAGCAGGCCGCAAGUUUUUGAUCUCGAAGCACGUCGGACUAUGAUGCAAGCAGCGAAGCAAGCUGGGCUCGAAUUUGUUUUCCUCGCUUCUGAGCCUCACAAUGUUCUGGCACAUCUCGUCGACAGCAUGGUCAAGAAGCUGUGUGAGAUUCGUGCCCAGCUCGGCGACGGGACCACAAUCUCGAUCGUUGAUGCAGGAUCUGGUACCGUUGACCUUGUGCUCUACGAAUGCAAGGGACUUACGGCGCACAGCCAGGUAGACGCUGAGAGGGAAGAGGCUGGCGUUGGUUGUGGUUCUGCUGAGGUAGACGAGCUAGUCUUUGAGGAGGUUCUGGAUGAUCUCCUGAACCUGAAAGGCAUGGCAUUUGAAGAUAUGGCUAUGGUACUAGGUCAAGAGCCUAGAGUAGUCCGCCGCACCGUUUUUGACAGCAUCGAACGAUGCAAGAAGGAAUUCCCAACCCGCACGAAGCAGAGCAUUGCCAUUGACGGAGCUCCAGGCUGUGAUGACUGGGUCAUCAAGCUUGAGAAGAGGCACUUCACCCGAGCCUUCGACUUUGUCAUCGGCCAGAUAAUGCUCGUGAUCGACAAAAUCACGCGCGAGACGCAGAAGGUCAAUCUCAUGGAGGUCACCGGUGGACUUGCCACGAAUGCGUACUUCAUGGAUGCACUUCGGCAGCGAUACGAGCCUGGGAUGGAGGUCGUGAGCCCGAACCAGGACCAUCAGCAAUGUCAUUCCGUGGCUCUCGGUGCUCUGUAUCGGCAUCCGAACAUAGAGAUGUGCACACUUCCUACAUCGCACGGCUAUGCCGCUAUUCGGAAUGAGGUAUUCGACUAUUAUGAGAAGCAUCAGGAUACGUGCUGGUACGAUAAGAGUGGCGAAUUGCAGUAUGACGAGGACAGCGGCUUCAGCACUCCCGGCGGCAUGGACCAAGUAUACGACAGGCUCUUCACAUUGAUCCCCAAGGGAGCCAACCUUGGCCAACUUCGUGAGUCGCCAGUCGUCUGGGAGAUGCUCAUCAAUGACGUGGAUUACAAGAAACGGUGGUCAGCGCCAAAUUCGUACUACUGGAUCGCAGACUCGUGGACGGUACGCGUGGCCGAGAAGCUAAUGGAGACUUCGCCAAUGGCGUCAAGCCAUGGGCCUCCGUCAACGUACGCCUUAACGCUAACGAGCUGA